CAGGCUUCACUUUGGACCCCCCUGGGAAAUUAAUAUGUUUGGAUUGCUUUUGCUUUACUUUUUUAAAUGUACAAUCCUCCAAAAUCGGUUGUUUUUAAGCGCAUUAUUAAUUGAUUUAAUCAAAAAUCCCAUGUUGCGUGUACCCACGGUUUGUUUAACCUUGACUCGCCCUUGUGGAUGUGCACGUCGUUAAUGUAUUUAGAUGGAGUUCAGGGCGGUGGCCACAGUCAAUGAAUGAUGGCAGCCUUUUUAAAGGUCUGGUAGGCGGUGCUGUGUUUACACCAGGCCCCGCUCCGCCCUGAACGCCGCGCAUAGAAAACUGAUGGUGGGCCGCCGGAGGAGGCGAGACAAGUGCAAACCGGGAUGGGGAGCUCCAUGGCUGCGACACUAGCGAUGAGCGACGGCGGACACGAGGAGCCCUUCUUCCCGCUGCACAAGGCGUCCUUGCCGGCUGGAUUUCACAUGGAGGACUCGGCGUUAUUCGGCUUGGAGUGCAAGAUGAGCGAUUCGGAUCGAACCGGACACAGCGACUACACUCAGGCAAAGUGCGAAAUGGACCGCUAUCUCUCCCCUCUUCCCGACGGUCAGAAGUCCCAAAGAGACAACGCAACAGGGGUGGAUGCUUAUUUCGGAGAGGAGCAAAACGGAGCUCCGUAUACCCUGAAUAUGAAUCUUUACCUCCCCGAUAUGACGUACCUGAGAACAACGGGCUUGGGGCAACUUCCGCGGGCGCCCCAGCCCCACGAAAACCUCCAAGUCCAAGUCAAAACAGAAACAGCGGCGGCGUGCUUCUCCCAGAACCUUGAGGCUCACUGCCCCGGCACGACACCCACGAGUAGCUGCAGCACCUCGGGGCACGCCCCUGCUGGUAUCGCUAUGGAAACCUCCACUGUAAACAUACCGGGGUUGCCAGAUUUCACCAGCGCUUUCAACCAGCAAGGAAGCGAGACUCUGGUACCGGAGGUCUUCAUCAAACAGGAAAUGUCGCCCGGGUUCGAGCAGCUCCAGCAUCACGACAGCGGCGCCUCGCUAUUCCAGCUCCUGAUAUCCGGUUUGGAUCAUCACCACGGCGACGCCAUGGAAGCUCAGCAUCAGCACAUGCAGCACGGCUUCCGUAGCUCCCCGCAAGAUCAAACGGUUAAGUCUUCCUUCUGCGGCGGCCCCGCUUACUCCCGCCCCCUCGCUCAGACGCAAGCUCACUUCUUCCAGCAGGCGCCCUACCUGCCGCCGUCGCCGCCCAGCUCCGAACCGGGCAGCCCCGACAGACAAAAGGAGCUCCUCCACACCAUGUCCCCGCCUCCUUCUUACGCGGCCACUAUCGCCUCCAAGCUGGCGGGCAGCGCCCCCGUCCCCCACCCAUCGGGGGCGGCUCCCGUUACGGGACAAACUGCUGUGCCGCUUCCCCAUGCCCCCGCCGCAACACAGGCCUUGACCCCGGUGCGCUACAACCGUAGGAACAACCCAGACUUGGAGAAGCGGCGGAUUCAUCAUUGUGACUACCCAGGCUGCGAGAAGGUCUACACCAAGUCGUCCCAUCUGAAAGCUCACCUCAGGACCCACACGGGUGAGAAACCCUACAGGUGUACGUGGGAAAGCUGCGACUGGCGUUUCGCCCGCUCCGACGAGCUGACCCGCCAUUACCGGAAACACACGGGCGCCAAACCUUUCCAGUGCGCCGUGUGUUCCCGUUCCUUCUCGCGUUCCGAUCACCUUGCCCUGCAUAUGAAGAGACACCAGAACUAGCACUUGACCUUGUAAAACAAAAACAAAAAAAGCACCCCCUAGUGGUGCUGUUUGGUACUUUCCUAGUUGGUGCACUGGGAACAAACACGGAUUUGUGUAAAGUAGAACGAUAUACUCGAUACUGACUCGCUUUCUACGGGGGAGAAGACAAAGAAAGGGGGGGGGUUGCAGUCCUUUUCGGGAAUGAAAGCACUUAAUCCUCAAUUCUCUGGAAUUCUCUGUUGUUUAUUUGCAAGCCAAAUUUGUGUUUACAUCAUAUUUGUUACUUCCUAUUACCAAAUGUUUUGGUUUGCACUAGAAAUGAGUCAAAUAGAACCGUUCGUUCGUUCAUGCGGAUGCAAAGAAGGAAGGGAAAUGGCCGACUUAUGGAAGGAUUUUUUUUUUUUUUAAAUUUCAGCCAGCGAUGGAAGAGAGAGAGAGAGGGGGGGGUUGCCAAAGAGCAGCAAUUAAGUGAUCAAUUAUUAAUUUUGUCUUUUAGCGAGCAGACAAACAAAAAAAAAAAACGGCGUAUCUUGCGUGCUUCUUUUUUUUUUUUUUUUUUUUUUUUUUAAACCAAAGUUGAUCAUCUUCACUUUAUUAAAAACCUUAUUAAAAAGUGCCUCUAGUCUGAUUUGUGUUAUGUAAACAAAUUGUAGCUGUGAUGCACUGAGACUUUAAACAAUCACGGUGCUCUUUAACGUUUUUUUUUUUUUUUAAUAUUUUUUUAAAUUUUCUUUUUACGCCUUUUUCCCGAUCAAAUGUUUCCUGUUUGUCCGCAUGUUGUUGAUUUUGCGUGUUUCAUAUUUUGACCCCCCCAUGCAGGUAGCAUCCAGACAAUAUAGCACUGUAACUGUAUCAUGUAUUUAUUUGUAUCACCUGUCUUCUUUGCCCCCCCCCCACCACCCACCGCCACACUCCCCCCGUGCAAAAAUGCCUUAAUGUAAAUACAUAUCGAUGCACUGUAAAUACACUUUUUUGUUGUUGUUUUUUUUUAGCUUUGUUUUGUAAACAAAAGGGCAACAGGAGGAAAUUGCCCUGCAUUCAAAUUUUUUUUUCAUGCAAUUGUUUUAUAUUUUUGCCUUUUUUUUUUGUUCUUGUUUCUUUCAUUGGUAAACGUUCCAAAGACAAAAGUUGUUGUUUUUUUUUCCUUCAACUGAGUGAAACCUAAUAAAAAUCA